AUGCACCCAACAACUGCAGCAGCAGCAGCAGCAGCAGCAGCAGCAGCAACUGCUGCUGCUGCAGCAGCAGUAGUUUUUGUUCUUGUAAGGGGAGGAGUAGGAGGAAGUGCAGCAGCAGCAGCAGCAGCAGCAGCAGCAAGUGCUGCUGCAAAAAAAAGAAAAUCAAAACUCAAUCCGGUAGCAGCAGCAGCAGAUGCAGCAACAGCAGCAACAGGAGCAGCAGUAGCAGCAGCAGCAACUCCAGCAGCAGCAGCUGCAGCAGCAGCAGCAGCGAUUGCUACAGCAGCACAAGCGGCAGCGAGAACGAAUCCAUUUGUAACGCAGCAAGACAAGGGACCAGUGCAGCAGCAGCAGCAGCAGGAGAAACACCAGCAGCAGCAGCAGCAGCAGCAGAAACCCCAGCAGCAGCAGCAGCAGCAACAGCAGCAGGAGAAACACCAGCAGCAGCAGCGACUGCAGAAGAAGCAGCAUCAUCAUCAUCAGCAGCAGCAGCAGCAGCAGAGACACAACUAG